AUGUCUGGCCAAAAACCUAUUUCUCAGGUCAGGAAGCGACUGCUGGAGCAUUGGGGGAAUUUUGAAUAUCAAAAAAGACCCAAUUUAGAAGUCGAACAGAGUGUUUCAAGCGACACCGACAAUGCUGCUCAUGAAGUCAUUGAUUUGACCAGUGAAGCUGAGAACAGCGGUGCAGAAACUUCAGAAACAGAGGUAUCCGAAGUUAGGUCGAUUGAGGAUUUGGAAAACGUGCCAACAAACCCUCUGGACGGGGAAACUCGCGAUGGGAUACUUAUAGGGCCCAAGACCAUUUUCCCCUUCAAAUUGGUGAAGUCCGAAAUAUAUGACCAGAAUGACUCGUCAGAGCACUUCAUUACACUGGAGUCCAUUUUUGGAGCCCCUGGAUUAUCCAGAACCUGGCUUUUCAGCUUUCAAUUUGAGCUGGACUUCAUUUUGCCCAUGUUCGCCGAGGACACCAAGGUCACCAUUAUUGCGCAGCUUGGAACAGUCUUGCCAGCCACGCGACAAACGCCUCGUAUCUUGAAGCUGGUGCAGAAAUUGGAAACCUUACUCGUCAAGAUGCCACCGUAUGCUUGUCAUCACUCCAAAUUGGUCGUCAAUCAAUUCAAAAACGGCGACUGUCGCAUAUACAUCCCUUCCAACAACUUCACGUCCGCCGAAACUAAUAUUCCGACACAAAUCGUAUGGUGUAGCCCGCUUCUCAAAAAAUGUACAACAGAGCCACGGCCCUCCGCUUUCAAAAGUGCUCUUUUCAAGUACUUACAAGGCUAUCCUGUUGAUAUGCAAUCGCUAAUCAAAGCUCUGGAUCAAGUGGAUUUUCUUCCGCUCGACCUCUUGGGGGUUGAAUUUGUAUACUCGCAUCCAGAAAUUUCGUCGUCUGGCUUGCCCCUUCUCAGCGGUCUGUUACGGGAUCAACAUCACACUCCAGGAGACAAAGACAAAACGCACCAUUAUCUCGCACAAGUCUCCACCAUAGGAUCGCCAAUAAAGACUGGACUGACGAAACCGGGAAAUCUGUUUGCUCAUUUGAUGAUUCCACUUUUGUCAGGCCUAGUCAACCCAGAAUCAAGCCCUAAAGUUAACCGCGGACGGAAAGCCUUUGAUAUUCCAGACUUCAAAACAUGGUUGGACUACAAUCACAUCAAGCCCUAUAUUGUGUAUCCAACCGUUGAGGAGCUGAGGACCAGCCCGAUGGGGUAUCUGGCGGGUGGUUGGUUCCAUCAUCACUGGAAGCGGAAUGCAACCAGUCGGGAAUUGUACCACACGCUCAAACGGUUGGGCAUUUUUUACAAGAGGAACCUACCUGCUAACUUUGUAAGAAAAUGCACGCCAGCACAUACCAAGUUUCUGAUGAAAUCGUCGACUACUGAUCCGAAUGCCCAAGCGUUUAAAAGCGUGGAUUGGCUACUAUUCACAACUGCUAAUCUGAGUAUGAACGCCUGGGGUGCAUAUUUUUCCAAGCCGCGUAACUAUGAGGUUGGUGUUCUACUGAAGACUUCGCAAGAUGUCAAGGUUGUAGUAGAAAGUGCGACGGACCUGGUCUACAGUAAUUUUAAUGGAGCAGGCCGGUCACUCGCUGAACCUCACUCGAACAAACAGACGAAGGUAUGUGUUUUGGUACCGUUUGAAAAGCCCCCAGUUCCCUACAAUGACAAGGACGACUCGUUUUGUAUCUCCGCAGCUUACGAAAAGCCUGACACCCUGGGCAAUUUACAUCAACAACAGGAUUAG